AUCACGCGGCCGCAAAGGCGAGAAAAAGGAAAACGAUCUCCUCCUCCACGCUCCACUCCGACUCGCCUCCGCCCUCCCCUCCCACUCCUCCAUCAGAUCUGCCACUGCACUCCCCCCCUCCUCCUCCCGAGCCGCCUCUCAUGGCGACCCCGACCGGAAACCCUAAUCCUAGCCCCAACCCUAGCACUCCAUUCGAGCUCAGCAUGCUGCUGAAGCCGAUGCCCAACCCCGCCGCGCCCGCAGCCGCCCCCAUCUUCCCCGGCACCGCCGCGGCGGGGCCGCCUCCGCCCUCCAGCACGUACUCCUACCCGCCGGCCACUCCCCCCUUCCACCGCCCCCCGUUCCUCCACUACCCGCAGGACCCCCUGACGCCUAUGCCCCGCCCGGUCAUCUCCUUCCCGAUGCCGAGCCCGAGCCCAGGCGCGAACCCCAACGCCGCCCCGGGGCCCAACCACGGGGCGCGCCUCAUGCAGCUCCUCGGGAACUCCGGGCCGGCCCACCUCGAGUCCGCCGUCUCCAUGCCCCCGCCGACGUCGGAGUUCGCCGCCGCGCAGCCGCCGCCGAUCCCGGCGAUGCCGUCAGCGCCGCCGGCGAGGAUGCUGAGCAGCACCAGCAGCAAGAUGCCGCGGGGCCGGCUUCUCGGAGGCGGUGACAGAGCUGUGCACGACGUUGACUCGAGGCUGCCAGGGGAGGCGCAACCGCCGCAGCUGGAGGUGACGCCGAUCACCAAGUACACAUCGGAUCCUGGGCUCGUGCUGGGCAGGCAAAUCGCUGUGAAUAGGACGUACAUCGUCUACGGGCUGAAGCUCGGGAACAUCCGUGUGCUAAACAUCAACACUGCGCUCCGUUCACUCCUUCGUGGCCACACGCAGAGGGUGACAGAUAUGGCUUUCUUUGCUGAGGAUGUUCAUCGUUUAGCAAGUGCAAGUGUAGAUGGUCGGAUAUAUGUGUGGAAGAUUGACGAAGGUCCUGAUGAGGACAAUAAACCACAAAUUACAGGAAAGGUUGAAAUUGCCAUCCAGAUUGUAGGUGAUGCUGAAUCUUACCAUCCACGGAUCUGUUGGCACUCUCAUAAGCAGGAAAUUCUUUUUGUUGGCAUUGGAAACUGUGUCUUAAGAAUAGACACAACUAGAGUCCGACGGGGAAGGGACGUAAGUUCAGAGGAACCUAUUAAGUGUCAUCUUGACAAGCUGAUCGAUGGUGUGCGAUUAGUUGGUAAGCAUGACGAUGACGUGACAGAUUUGUCCUUAUCUCAAUGGAUGACUACUCGACUGGCUUCAGGAUCAAAAGAUGGCACGGUAAAAAUUUGGGAUGAUCGCAAGCCAGUUCCUCUAUCAAUUUUGAAGCCACAUGAUGGUCAAGCUGUUUACUCGGUUGCUUUUCUCACAGCACCAGAGCACCCAGACCAUAUAAACCUCGUUACAGCAGGUCCUCUAAACCGAGAAGUUAAAAUUUGGGCUUCUGCUAAUGAAGGAGGUGUGUUGUUGCCCAGUGAUUCUGAGACUUGGAAUUGCACACAGACCUUGGAACUUGUCAGCUCGCUGGAACCUAGGGUAGAGGAGGCAUUUUUCAACCAAGUUACAGUGCUGCCUCAUGCAAGUAUUAUUUUACUUGCAAAUGCUAAAAAGAAUGCUAUUUAUGCUGUGCAUGUUGAGUAUGGCAUGGAUCCUGCUUCCACUUGCUUGGAUUAUAUAGCAGAUUUUACAGUUACAAUGCCUAUUUUAAGUCUCACUGGCACACAUGAAAGCCAACCUGGCAAUGAACAAGUUGUUCAAGUUUAUUGUGUUCAAACAAUGGCCAUCCAGCAGUAUGGGUUGGACUUAUCACUCUGUUCACCUCCUACAAGUGACACUGCUGGACUUGGAAGGGAUCCAUCUAUUUCUCGUGUUUAUGAGACACCUCUGGAAGUGGUAGGACCAGAGUCCACAGUGCUAACUAGCUUUAGUGAAUCUUAUUCUGUCAGUUCUCCAAGUAAGCCAUCAACCGUUGAUCAACAGCCUACAGAACUUGAUCCUAAACCAUCAGCUCCACCACUUACAUACUCAGAAGGUGAUGGUUCUGCUCAUCUCCCAUCUGCCUCUCUUGCAUCAAACAUGGACCCAUCUGGAUCAGGAUCAUCACUAGGCAACCGUGAAAUGGACCAAGCAGCUUUUGAUUAUGCGAUGAACAAAAACUCAGAGCCUGAUAUUUUGAAAAGGCAAGAUACACCCAUGCCUAAGGACAACUUUGUAAAGGAUGAUCCAAGAGAUGGUCGCAGUGAUGUUACAAUGCUUCCAAAUCCCCAUUUGAUGUUUAAGGUAGGAGGAAACACUACACACCUGGUAACUCCAUCUGAAAUUAUAUCUGGCGCUCUAUCUUCAGCUGAGAGCAGCCAUGUCCCUAAAUCCGAUGGAGGGAAAAUCCAGGAUGCCACCAAUAGUGGCCCUCAGAUGGCAGAAUUAGAACCUAAACAUACCAAUGAUCAGAAAGUCGAUCAAAAUUUGGACCUUGAAGUAGCACAACUUGUUUAUGAGAAUACAGAUCAAGUUCGCAGUUCAUCAGAGCAAGCUGUUAAAAUGAUUAGUGAACGCUUGGUAACAACUGAUAAGUACAGCGUGGAAGAUUCACAGACUUGUGACCGAUCCAUGUCUGAGCAUACUGGUACCGCUGAUGAAAGUGUUACAAAGAAACCUGUCGAAAUCUCUGAGAAAAUUGAUUAUUCUUCUGCUUCUAUGGACCAAUCAUCUUCAUAUACCAAGGAGAAGGAGCCAAUUAUGCAUACUCAAGCAUCUGGGCAGUCAUCUCCUUCAACAAGCGCAUUCAACUCAACUGAGUAUUCACAUGAACCGGCGAAUAGUGCAUACCCUCCUAUCGAUUCAUUUCCAGAGGUUGCUACGCAAGGGAUGCUUCAACAGCUCAUAGCCAUGCAUAAGGACUUGCAAAAGCAGCUGGGUACUAUUGUUACUGCACCUCUUGCAAAGGAAGGCAAAAGAAUUGAGGCAUCAUUAGGGCGCACCAUGGAGAAAUCUAUCAAGGCUAACCUUGAUGUAUUGUGGAUUCGUAUCCAGGAGGAGAAUGCAAAACGAGAGAAGGCUGAAAGAGAGCGAAUGCAGCAAAUGAUGACUCUUAUCGGUAGUUCAAUAAGCAAGGACCUUCCUGCUACUCUGGAGAAGUCACUCAAGAAAGAAAUUUCUUCAGUUGGACCUGUUGUUGCACGGGCAAUAACACCUAUUAUUGAGAAGUGUUCAGCCUCUGCGGUUGCUGAUUCAAUUCAGAAAGUCGUUGGUGAAAGGGUGGCGAAUCAGCUGGACAAGUCUGUCAGUGCAAAACUUGAAGCUACCGUUGCUAGACAAAUCCAAAUGCAGUUUCAUACCUCUAUAAAACAGGUCCUUCAGGAUUCUUUACGCACUAGCUUGGAAUCUUUCCUUGUUCCAGCAUUUGAACAAUCUUGCAAGACAAUGUUUGAGCAAGUCGACAGUGCAUUCCAGAAAGGAAUGUCUGAGCACACUAUUGCUAUUCAGCAGCAAGUUGAGGCCGCACAUACCCCAUUGGCGCAAACUUUAAAGGAUACAAUCUCUUCUGCUUCUUCAAUCACCCAGAAUCUCACAGCAGAGUUGCUUGACGGCCAUCGUAAACUAUUGGCACUGCUUGCAUCUGGAAAUGCAAAAGCGCAUAAUACAAAUGUUUUGCAGCCCAACAAUGUCCCUGUGACUCGUCCACCUGAGGUCGAGGCUCCAUUAGACCCGAUGAAGGAGUUGGGUAGACUUAUAUCUGAACGCAAAUUUGAUGAGGCGUUUACAAUGGCUCUCCAAAGAAGUGAUGUGUCAAUAGUGUCUUGGUUGUGCUCCCAGGUUGAUCUGCGUGCAUUGUGCUCAAUGGCCCCCGUCCCCCUUAAUCAGGGGGUCCUCCUAGCCCUAUUACAGCAGCUAGCAGUUGACAUUGCUACUGAGACGCCACGGAAGAUUCAAUGGAUGACGGAUGUUGCUAUGGCGAUAAAUCCAACCGAUCCAAUGAUCGCCAUGCAUGUGAAGCCAAUUUUCGAGCAAGUUUACAACACACUGGUCCACCUACGCUCACUCCCUACCACCAGCCCAGCAGACAGCACCAACAUCCGCUUAUUCAUGCAUGUAGUUAAUUCAGUUCUGCUUAGCUACAAGUGAUUCUAGGCACCCAUUGAAGGUUCUGAAACUGUGAGAGGCAUGGUCUACAACCGUUGUAUAGAGAAAUUUUGGUAAGCAAAGGAAACCUAGUAGCCUAGUAGGGCGUUCCGUUGCCUGAGUCUGAACUCUGAUGAGAACACUAGGAGGUUGGAAGUGCCCUCUGGUGUAAAUUAGGCUUUUAACAUUCUUAAUUUGGAGUAAUUCGAUGUCCGGUCACAAGUUUCUACUCGUUCAUCA